AGUUUCUUCCUAAAGAUUUAGGCACAGCAGAAGGAAACAGGAAAAAAAAGUGUUUUCUGGCUGUAAACACACAUCCUGCUGCAAAGCCCCAUCUCCUCCUACUUCCAGGGAACCCUAGAGGGCUUUGCUAGAAGCAGCCCUUCCACAUUUUAGCAUUAAAUGCCCACGUAAUGCAUUCCUGGGGGAGGGAGGGUGAGGACGGGAUGCCUAAGUGUGGAGCUUUUAGCAGUACGUAGUCCUACACGCUGCUAGCCCAUUACCCUGGGCGCUGUAGUGACAGAGAUCAAAACGAUUACUUAUUGCAAUUGCCCUUAUUGAAACAAUUGACGUGAAAGGCGCGUUGCAAGGCAAACACACACACCCAAUGACAGCAGCUUUGGCUGGUGCACAGGAAACUCCAGCCUCCGAGAGCAACCAGGCCUUGCUGGUGUUUGAGGGGUUUUCCUGACCACCACCUCCUACAGGGCUUGGCUAGAGGCACCAGUGUGAGGAGAGGUCUCCUGGCACUCUGCAUCGUGUCAGGGGGGUGGUGGCCGCUUGGUUUCCAACCCGUCCCAUGGCUCUGUCCCCUUGGUCCUGCCCCAGCAUGUAGGGCUGGUGCUGCCUGUGCCCCUCGCUGUGGGAGAAAAGCUGGAUAUAGAAAGCCCAUCCACUCGCAAGAGAAAGGCAGGCUCACAAAACCAACUUUGUUUCUCCUAGCUCCCAGCCAAGCAUUUCUGAUAACCACAGCUCGUGGAGGGCUGUAAUUUCUCUGUUUUAUAUAUAGAGGAGACAAGGCCGGGCUGGAGGCAAGCACUAUAUAAAGGGGCUGCCUGGCCCCGCUCCCCCAGCCAGGCUGGUGCAGCAGGAGAGCCGCGGGGUGCCUCUCUCCGUGGCCAUGGACACGUCCUACCCACGGGAGGACUACCUGCCCAUGACAUCCCACAAGCGGGACCUGUCUCCCACCGUCGUCACCAUCGGGGCCUCUGCGCCACCCCGCGACCACCUCAUCUGGUCCAUCUUCAACACCAUCUACAUGAACUUCUGCUGCCUUGGCUUUGUGGCUCUCGCCUUUUCUGUCAAGGCACGGGACCGCAAAGUGGCUGGGGACGUGGAAGCCGCUCGGCGCUUCAGCUCCAAGGCCCGGUGCUACAACGCCCUGGCCACGGCCGGGAGCGUGGUGCUGCCUCUCCUGCUCGCUGCCCUGGUCGUCACCGGUGUCCUCCACCUCUCCAAGCUCGCCCAGGACUCCGUGGGCUUUUUCAGCUACCAGUUCAACACAAGCGAUGACGAGGACAAGUGACUGGUGGGCGAUGGGCUGGACAAAGUUCCUUCGCAGCACUGGCAGCCUCCCAAAAAAGGACUGCCAGCCCUGAAUAAAAUCCUCAUCCAGCCCAGAAACCCCCCAGCCCCGCCGUGCCCAACCCCACGCUUCUUUGGGCAGCUACGUUAUUUCUGUUUACCUUGUGUGGUUUUGUUUGUUUGUUUGUUUAAGCCCUGCCUCCUGUGUGGACUACAGCACCCCUCCAGCCUCAGUGAUUACUAUUUAAAUCAUUAAAACAAUUCACCCAUUGCGAACGUGUGGCAUGUAUGUGUGUAUGUGGUGCAAGGAUUGUGCUAAGGGAUGAUAUAAACGUGUUUUGUGUGCUCAGAUAGUGUACUUCGCAGCUGGGGGAGUUAAUCCACAUCACUUCUAGGGUGUCCCAGCCUAAAAUAGUCAUGGUGAGAG